ACAAAUACACGGCGACGGCAUUGUUCCUGCAGCGCCGCCAUGGCGCUCGCCGCGGCCGCGCGGAGAAGCCUUGCCUCCCGCCACUCCAGCCGCCUCCACGCCGGACUACCCCACCUCCUCGCCGAGCACUGCUCCGGCGACGCCACAACCACCCCAUCCCCCCUUCAUCCCCCGCAGCCCCUGUUCCGGUCACCCCACUUCCCGCUCCCCCAAUCAUCCAGAACAGCGGCCCAAACCCUAUCCCUCUUCCCAUUUGGCGUCCACCUCGCUGGCGCUGGUCCAUCUCGCUGCGGUUUCUCCUCGUUGCCUCCCCAUCGAGUGGCGGACGCGGGCGCCGUCCUCACCGGCGCCGCGGCGGCGCCCGCGGCCCCGGCGAGCCUUCCCAGCGAGGUGGCGUGGAUUACGGAGGAUUCUUCGCUAUCCGUCGUGGCGGUGCAGCACCUCAUCGACGCUGUCCACUCCUUCACCGGGCUCAACUGGUGGCUUUCCAUUGCUGUCUCCACGGUGCUGCUACGAUCUAUGUUGCUCACAUUGUUACUCAGCGCCAGAAAACAAAUUCGUGUGGCACAUCAGGAAUCCUCUGCAGUUGCAACGCUGCUGAAAAGUGCUAAGGAUGAGAAAUCAGAACACGAAGCUGUAGACAGAGCACGUUCUUUCUUAAAAAGUUUGGGUCCUCUGGUGUUUAUUUCGAUUUUGAGACCAUAUACUUUUAUGGCUCUUUACUUCGCUAUAUCAAACAUGGUUCAGAAACUCCCAUCUUUAAAAGAGGGCGGUGCAUUCUGGUUUACUGAUCUCACGACUCCUGAUGCCCUAUACAUCUUUCCAGCUAUGGUAUCACUAUCCCUCUUGCUUAGAUUGGAGUUCAGUCUACAUUAUACAAAGAGAGAAAGAUCUCUUAGGACGGAUAUUGUGAGAAUAUUAUUAGUGUUAACUUUCCCGUUUGCAGCAAGCUUUCCAAAGGCAAUUUGUUGCUACUUUGUCACUUGGAACUUUGCAUCUCUUGCACAAACGAUAGUUCUUCACCAGCCAGCUGUGAAGAAACUACUAUUUAGCAAGCUCAAUAACCCAACAUGCUCCUCCUCUGAUGGACCAACAGGCCCAACUGCUGAAGAUUCUGCACAUCCAGUCGAUGAGAAUGAAGAACCUCUUCCCCCGGAGGGAAGAGAAGCUUCUGAUUCUAGCAUCGACCAGGUCAAGGAUAAGUCUGAUAAGGAAUCGGAAAAGGACAGUUAAAUGUGGAUGCUAUCCUUAUCGCUCAAUUCUGUAGAGUAACCACUAAACAGCAGCGCACAUGUGGCCUGCCAUAGCUGCAAUGUUGUAUUCAAUUCAGGAUUAGAAUGGGCACUAUACAACAUUUACAACUUCCCUUUUUUUUGAAGUGACUAGUGAGGGGCUUCGCAGUUAACAUUGGAUCAUUGAGAUCUUUUGACCCAGUGAUGGCUUAAAAAUGCAGCCAGGUCGAGUUCAAUCUUGUGCAAGUAUAUCUGAUUUGAUGUUCUUAGUACGUGCAUAUUUUGUAACCUAAUUGUUGUACCUAAGUGCUUGGCUCAAAUGCAAGUUAAUUGUUUCCUUCA